CGGGUUUCCUGAUUCAGAUGAUGUGACAAGACUGAAGAGGAGAAUCUGGUGAAAUAGUACUUGUACUUGUAACAUAGACAGGCUUGUUGAGUGCAGACUAAAUCAUUGGAUAUAAAAGAUUAUUAUUUUUCCAUUGGCAGCUAAUUUAGAGUAAACAGUUUUAAAGAUUUCAGCUCAUAAUGGCCGCUGUUGACAGCUUCCAGCUUUUGUAUAGAGAAAUUGCCAGAUCAUGCAGCUGUUAUGUGGAAACGCUGGCGCUCGUGGGUGCGUGUUACACAGCCAGCAAGGCUGUUAUAUUUAUGAGGGACUGCUAUAGUCUGAUAAGGCUUCAUUUUAUUCCUCGACUUGUGUGCCAUAGAGAUCUUAGUCAGCAAUAUGGACAAUGGGCUGUCAUAUAUGGCGCUUCAGAGGAAAUAGCAAAAGCAUAUGCAGAGGAACUGGCCAGGAAUGGCAUCUCUGUGAUUCUGAUCACCGAUGACAUCAGUAAUGUGGCUGACACUGCCAAAGCCAUCUCAGACACUCAUGGGGUAGAGACCAUUUGGAUUGAGGCUGAUUUCAGUCAGGGGGCCUCAGCCUGCAAACCAAUAAAAAAUGCCAUCGUCGGUAAAGAUAUUGGAUUCAUCGUUAACAGUCUGGACGUGUCUCUGGACUCCUCUCAAGACUUCACAGACCUCUCUGAAUCUGUAUUGUGGGACACUAUCAAUAGAAAUAUAGUAGCUGCCACUCUUGUCACGCGCCUGGCACUGCCCUCUAUGGUGGAGAGGGGAAAAGGAGCAGUGGUCAACAUUUCUGCUGGGCGCUGUUUGCGUCCGACUCCUAGAAAGGCUGCUCUCUCUGCAUCCACGGCCUUUCUCGAUAACUUCAGUCGCUCUCUGCACUAUGAAUAUGGUAAUCGAGGAGUCUUCGUGCAGAGUUUGCUCCCUUUUAGAGUCGCAACUCAAAGAUCUGAGGAUUAUGAUUCUGCUGGCUGGCUGGUGCCAAGCCCACAAGUGUAUGCCAGCCAUGCUCUUUCAACUCUGGGCGUCUCGCACCGAACCACAGGAUACUGGCCUCACACCAUACAGUUUGGACUGGUGCAGUGCAUUCCAGAGUGGGUAUGGAUUCUGGGAUCACGUGUGUUCACAAGGGCCACCUGACAGUGAUGUUUAACAUCCAUGUGAAAGACCUGGUUUUUGAAAUUGAUGUUGCAGAGUUUACUUUGACCAAUCUUUAACCUCUCAUACUGAGUUCUAAAAGAAAUGCCUCAGACUUUCAGUAUAUUUGUUUGCACAAAACUCUUGUGGUGGUUUGAAUGGUUGGAUCAUGAUGACAAUUCUAUAUUGGGAAACACUUUAUUUUAAGGUGAUUUAGUUACACAUUAAUACAUGUACUUAACAUAGUAAUAACAGUAAAUUAUGCGUAAUUACAAGUAACUAACCCUAAACCAAACCCUAAACAUAACUCUAUAGCAAGUACAUGUAGUUAAUUAAUAUUACUUAGUACUUAUUUGAUUAAGCACAAUGUAACUGUCACCUUAAAAUAAAGUGUAUCCCUAUAAUUUUUUUUGCACUAUUGCUUUUUGACUUAAAAAUCCCCUCCUUAUGCAUUUUGCAAAGGUCAUAAUAAUAUAUUUAGAAAAUAAAAGUUUUGUAAAUUAAGUAUUUAUUUUAAUACCAAGUGUUUUUUGAGUAUACUGGCUAUACUCAGCAUUGAUAGAACAUUGUGUAGCAAGUGUUUGGCUAUUGCUGUGUAUCUCAUUUAGUUGUUGCAACAAUGAAAUUAUCAAUAAAUAUCCUCAAUGCCUAUAAAAAA